CCAUUUGCCGUCAGACUGAACAGUGUAACUCCAUGAAUGACAACCUAAAGAGAAGCAGGCAGGUCGUUCACUUCACACCAGAAUGUGAUGCUAUAAGCAGGAAGGUGAGUGUUGCUAAACAUAGAAUCACGGGGCUAGAGUGAUCUGGAGCCGUCACAUCCAGCCUCCUGCUUUGAACGUGUGCUGCAGUGUAAUGUACCUUGGGAGUGGAGGAAAUAAUACAAAAUCUGUAGCAGAGGGCAGUCAGGCAAGGUCAAGAGAAGCUGGUUGGCUUCUAACUUUUACCUUUGGAAACAAGGAACUGUAUGGUAAUUUGCAGGCUGCCUGUGGAAGCAAUGAAUCACGUGAUGCCAAAGGAGCCCAGGAGGAAGAGGGUUGAGUAAUUUUGAAGGUAACAGGAAGACAGAGCUGGCUGCUUGGACCUUUUCAGCCCCAGACUUUCCCCUGGUCAGCUAAGCCUGCAGAGAGGGAAAAGCAACUCACAACUCUUCUCCAUGUGCAAACACUAGUGAAUGACCCAAAGGGAGCGAAGUGGAGAUACAUGCAGGAAAGAAAAGACCAAAUGGGAGCAAAGGGGCGUUGCAGAAAAAGGAAAGCAGAACUGAAAGGCCUGGUCCCAAGGAAGGGAGAGCUGUGAAGGGGACUGCAGCUCACAGAGAGAGGCUCCCACCCUCAGAUCAAUCUAGCAAAAGGCACUGGAUGGGAAGCAGCCAGCCAUGGAUACUCUCUGCUUGUUCGCAAGUGACCCGUGGAUCUACAACUGCUCCUUGAGCAAUUCUAGUGUGGAGAACCAGACGUCCCAAAGCAACAGAACUCACGUGAAGCGGAAUGAGAACGUUGCCAAGGUGGAGGUGGCCGUGCUCUGCCUCAUCUUCUUCCUUGCCCUGACUGGAAACCUGUGUGUGCUGGCGGCUAUCCACACGACCCGCCACAAGCACUCCCGCAUGUACUUCUUCAUGAAGCACCUGAGCAUCGCUGACCUGGUGGUGGCCGUCUUCCAGGUUUUGCCUCAGCUCAUCUGGGACAUCACUUUCAGGUUCAUUGGGCCAGAUUACCUCUGCAAGUUGAUCAAAUACCUGCAGGUGGUGGGGAUGUUUGCUUCCACUUACAUGCUCUUGCUGAUGUCCCUGGAUCGGUGCUUGGCCAUCUGCCAGCCUUUGAGGUCCUUACGUAGGAGGUCUGACCGGUUGUCUGUCCUCCUCACUUGGAUGGUGUGCCUUCUGUUUAGCAUCCCACAACUCCAAAUAUUUUCCAUGCAGGAUGUGGAUAAUGGGGUGUUCGAUUGCUGGGCAAAUUUCAUCCAGCCCUGGGGACCUAAAGCUUACAUCACCUGGAUAACCUUGACUGUGUACGUUAUCCCUGUGGUCAUGCUGACCAUCUGCUAUGGCUUGAUCAGCUUCAAGAUUUGGCAGAAUGUGAAGCUAAAGACCCUCCACGAGACCAAUGUGAACUUGACCUCUAGGAAUCCCCAUAGAGGCACCCUCUCCAGGGUCAGCAGUGUCAAACUCAUUUCCAAAGCCAAGAUCCGGACUGUCAAAAUGACCUUCAUCAUAGUCUUAGCUUUCAUUAUGUGCUGGACUCCUUUUUUCAUUGUGCAGAUGUGGAUUGCGUGGGACGAAAAUGCUCCAAAAGAAGAAGUGGCGUUCAUCAUCACCACCCUCCUAGCAAGUCUGAACAGCUGCUGUAACCCCUGGAUCUACAUGCUUUUCACUGGCCACCUUUUCCAUGACCUCUUGCGUCGCUUCCUCUGCUGCUCCUCUCGGUACUUAAAAUCUCGGCAAGGAUGUGACCUGAGCGUUAGCAGGAAAAGCAACUCCUCCACCUUUGUCCUGAGCCUCAAAAGCUCCAGUCAGAGGAGCUUCACUCAGCCGUCCACAGCGUGAGGAGUAGAAACCCAAGUCCUCCAAGAACUGUGCCACAACGAGAUGGGCAGACCGGCCUUAGCGUGUACAUACUUAAAAAUAUGAAAUAGAGGUAUACAGGAGUGUUUGGAUGUAAAUACAUAUAUACAUAUAUAUAAUAUAUUACAUAAAAUAUAUUAAAAUGUGUGUAUGAUGUGCAGGGUACUCAUUAUUUAAGGAGCAGGAUAGCAGAAAGACAGCUAUAGUCUAAUAGUAGUUCACAGAAUGGAUAGCUCAAGGUUCUAGUGCUGUAUUUUUAAAAGACACAAUGGACUCCACAAGUCAUUGAAGCCAUAAGGCAACAUCUGCCCACAGGUACAAAGUGGAGGACAGCUCCUCUUUGAACACUAUUAGAGCAUGGAUCAGAUAGAAGUGGAGGCGUUUUAGGAGACAAACUGCACUUGCAAUAGAAUAACUAUUUCCCUGUCCCAUAUUAACUUUUCAGGCCAGGGGGUGAGAUCAGAUGUGGAAAUGCCCACCACAAAAUGAACUUUCAGAUAGAGAUGGGUUGAUCAGCCUAAAAAUGCUCCAUGCCAUUUAUUCAUGCCCCCAAAGAGGAGUUUGCCCCAUUGCAUUUCAACGUUAAUGUGUAUCUUUAAAAAAAAAAAUCAAUGCAGAAUUAAGACCUUUUUUGAUUUGGUGGUCUGAGCAAGGGAGCUACCUUUAUUAUUAUUAUUAUUUUUAAAAAAUUAAAGACAAGUAAUUGCCACUUGGAGAAGCUUGAAACCAAAUGACUCCUGGAAGUGAUAGGGGCAUGAUAACAUCCCAUUGCUCACAAACUUCUAAAAAGAAAUAACUGCAGCAAAAUAAAAGCAAAAUGGCUGUCCCCAGGAUUUGUAGUGGAGACAAAUUUCACCAGCUGCCAGCCCUGUCUCAUAACUAAAUGCCAUUGCAUGCUGACAAUCACGGACUGCAAGAUGUCGACUACCAAGAUAUUGAAUAUUAUUUAUUUUGUAUUUAUAUAUAUAUAUAUACCACUUAAUGCCAAAAAGGGAGGGGGGAGCUUCUAAGCAGUUCACAAAGUUUAAAAGCAAGUUAUACAAACUGUUAAAAAAUAAAUAUUCAUAAUUAAAAUACACAGUUAAGAACAGGACACUCAGGUUAAGAAAUCAACAUAAACUCAUGCAUCUUCAAAAGCUGUUAGAAUGCCAGUGCAGAUGGGGCCUCUUAUAUUUCAGCAGAAAAUUAAUUCUUCAACACCAGUGCUACUAGUGAAAAAAGUUCACCACUUCAGUCCCAACAAACUGACGGGCAUCAGACUGUGACCAGGCUAACCAGGUUCCCUUUUUUAAAAAAAUCUUAAUGCCCUUGCCAGGCAGUGGGAGGAAAAUCUGGGUAAAUCUGUUCCAGAGUUGUUGGGGGCUUUAUAUGUAAAUAGCCCUGGCUUGGUGGCUAAUAGGCAGCCAGUGCAGGUUCUACAGUUCAGGUAUGAUAAGUAUCUGGUGAGGGCCACCACUCACUGCGUGGAUUGUGGCCUUCUGCAGUAGCCACAGACUCCAUACCAGCCAUAAGAGAAGCCCUACACUGUGUACAUUGCAAUAGUCUAAACAUGAGAUUACCAAUGCAUGAAUCACAGUAGCCAAAGUAUCUUUGCCAACCCAAGAAAAGAUAGCCAACACUGAUUGGUAGGUGGUUUUUGCCCCCUGGGAUUCCAUGGACAACUAUGGCUCCAAGAACUGUUCACCAGUUCUUUCAGGGUGAGUACAACCGGCUCCCUUGGCCAGUAAAGCGAGAUGAGCGCCGCAACCCCAGAGUUGUCCGUGACUGGACCUAAUGGUCAGAGGUCCCUUUACCUUUACCUUUACUGCCUCAUCUAGAACAGUCAAAGUCCUCAAUUCUAGGAGCUGGGAGCUACUCACCUGCAGUCUCUCUUUCUUAACAGAGCUCAGGUUCAGUUUAUUCACCCUCAUCCAGCCCACCACUGCAUACAGGCACUGGUUCAGCUGCUCCACUGCCUCUCCCGACUCAGAUUUAAUUAAACAAUAGCGUUGGCUGGCACACUGAUGGCACUGAGCCCAGUUCUCCUUAUGACUGUUCCAAGCAGCUUCCUACAGAUGUUAAAUAGCCUUUUGGGAUAACAUAGUGCCUUGCAGCACCCCACAACUAAACUGCCAGGGUGUAGGCACAUAGUGCCCCAAUGCAAUUCUUUGAGACAGGCCCUGUAAGUAGAAACAAAACCACUACAGAACAGUGCCUCCAACCACAAACUCGCAGAGAAAGUCCAUGAGGAUACCAUGGUCAGUGUGGUAUCAAAAGCCACUGAGAGUUCCAACAGUAGCCACAAACAUGGUUGCACUUCCUCUGUCCCUCCCCCCAGAGAAGGUAAAAUAUAACUGGAUGCCAAAAACAGCAUUCAGAGAAUAUUCAAAGAAUAUCUGAGCAUCCUUCAAAACUGCAAAGGAGGAUUUUCCAUCCAAACUGGAUUCACUUCUAGAGAUUCUCCACCUGCAGUCCUGCAGUAUCAAUAUCACAUGUUUCCACUGCUUGCAUCCAUUUAGUUCUGCCACUUUAAGGCAAAGAGCCUUUUACAUUACAAUUCUAUGCCAUCUACUCGGAUAUAAAUCCCACGGUGUUUAAUGGGGCUUGCUCCCUAGUUUUAGGAUUGCAUCUUUAGUGGCUGGGGAUAAAUCUGAGGAUAUCUUAAUUGUUGUUUUUAAUCUGCAUUUGAGCAGCUUUUCAUUUUUGCAUUGUAAAUGAGCCAAAAGGAUGGGGUAGGAUAGACAUUUUAAAAUUAAAUCAUGUUAAUAGCAAAGAGCCUAAUUAUCUUGUCUGAAAGGAGAACCCCAGCAAUGCUUCAAAACAGAUGUGAACGCUGGCUGGCUGGCUGGCUGGCUGGAUCCAAAGUACUGCAGCUUUGGGUUAUCAAAUCAGUAGGAUUUGAUUCAGACAUUUUUCUUUUAACCUUUCAACCUUUCUCUUAGUGAAUGGAAAUCUGUAUGAAUAUUGCAUAAGGUCUGAGCCUAUAAGUGCUCAUUUGCUUGACAAAAUGCAUUGGAUAGAUUGGCAAGAAAUUCCCUGUCUUUUUCAGAGUGAGAAUACCACUACGAGUCAGGAAAAUCAGCGGUGUCAUUCAGGAGUAAUUCCACUGAAUACCAUUAAUAGCAGUAACAAUUUUCAGGCCUAGUCUUACAUUCUGAUGUUUUUUUUUAAAAAAAGUAUCCUGAGAAUCCUUAUUAAAUGUGGAAGCCAUCCAUUUCAGUGGUAGAUCUUAAAGCAAUUCAAGAGCUUAAAUGUUUGCAAAAUUAAAGCUAUGGGUUGGAUACUGAGAACCAUGAGCAGCAAGCCACAGAAAGAAGCUAGCAGAAGGGGCCUUUUCUAUUCAUUCAUUCAUUCAUUCAUUCGUUUGUUCGUUCGUUUCGUUCAUUCGUUCAUUCGUUCAUUCGUUCAUUCGUUCAUUCGUUCAUUCAUUCAUUCCUCUCUUCUGCUGCUGGCCUGUAAAGUGUCUCCUGACAACUGGGGAACCUUUCUGAAUGGCAUGGGAUGGAGUAGGAAAGAGGAUUGGCCAAAAUCAGGCACAGACACCUUGGGUGGAGCUCCGCCCCAUUCCAUGCUGUUCAGGAAGGUCCUCCUACUGCUCUCUAUAGGGGGCGGAGGAAGGAAAGGGACAGUCUGUGGACUUCCUUCCUGACAGCAGUUCUCAGGAUCCAUCUCGGGAUCCAUCCAACACAUUGUUCUAAAAAGCUUUACUUAAGGUCGAGACUUAUUUCAUUGUAGAUAAAUUUGAUAAAUAUUAUGUGGCUAUAACUUCAUUGCUGUGUAACUCAUGCAAGUACUUUAAAGAAAAAAAGAUUUUAUGUGAAGAUUUGGUUGUGUUCUUUAAUUUGAAAACAUGGCAAAUAAAAGAAAUGGAUGGAAACCCAAGAAAAAACAAACGGCAAAGCAUCUGUAAAUAUAAAACCGUAAUGCACCAAGCAUACAUUAUGCCAUGCCUUAUUAAACAAGCACUCAUUUUUGUAUUUAUUGAAACAGU